AUGACUGAGGGACACAAGUACCAAUCAUCAAUCUCUGAGUGGGCUGCACUUAUUAAUGGCCCCAAGGAAGAAGAAAAUGAUGUUGAUGUAUAUGAAAAGCCCAGGAUGGACCACAACUCAAUGGUGAAUAUGUACAAGGAAACUCCCAAGAAAGAUCUUGGUAUACACAAGCCUGGGUCAGUCAAGCAUUUGCUAGCAGGGUUGGCCACAACCAACACUAUCUUAAGGCAUACUCUUUUGCCCAAGUCUGGAGAUGACAAGAUGAUACGUGGCCACUCCAUCAAUUUGCUUCACUUGUUUGACAACCCUCGGAAGUUCAAAGUUAUGAGUUUGAUUGUAGAGACGGUCAAGAGGAUAGUUGCUGACCAGAAGAGGUCUUGUGGAUAUGCUCCACACAUUCAGAUGCUUAUCAACUCCAAAGUUGGUACAGAAACAAAUCUACUUGAUCGCGAGCAUCUCCCUCUUCAGCCAGAGUUCGAGGAUAAUGUGGUCAUGAUGGAUUCCUCACACCCCACAUCUGUUGAGGCUCAAGAGGAGAUCCAGGCAGCAGCAGUAGCAAAAGCAACCAAAGAGGCUUCAGCUCCCAAUGCACCCAUUGCAAACCUCAAGUUAAAGAAUGAUCAGAUGACAUAUCUUCUAGAGGCCACCCUAAGGAUUGAGAGGAGUCUGGCCAACAUCUCCAAGAACAAGGAGAGUCUAGAGCGGGUUGUCGAGACAAAAAUUAAUGAUCUUGAUGUGAAGAUCUCCGAGGUUCAGACAGUUCUGGAGAAGCUGCAGUCAGAUGUUGAGGCAAGCAGGAUUGCUGCCGAGGACAGUGGAGACAAGAGACCUGCCACUCAGAGGUUCCAGACUAUACCCAGGGCACCCAGAUCUUCAGCCGUGCCAGUUGCAGAUAUGAGGCCUACUCACUCUGUACCUGCCGCUACUGCUCUAGUGCCACCUCCAGUGUCUACUCCACCGGUCCAGCAGACAUCUUCAGAGGCAUUUACAGAUGCACUUCUCUCCACGCCAUCUACGCACACCGGAGCCACAAGCCAGAAGACCCCUUCAGGAACUCUAGAGGAUCGUAGCUAG